AUGUCUAGCCAAAUAACCGUGGGAUAUUGGGAUUUCAGAGGCCUGGCAGAGCCUAUUCGCAAUUUGCUAGUUUUUCAAGGUGUUGACUUUGUCGACAAAAGAUACUCAAAGGGAGCUGAUGGCAAAGGUCAAGAGUGGCUUGACGAGAAGUUCACCCUCGGAUUGGACUUUCCCAAUAUUCCUUAUCUUAUUGACUCAGCUAAUAAUGUUAAAAUUACACAAAGUCUUGCCAUUCUCCGCUACUUGGCCCGCAAAUACAAACUGGAGGGUGAAACAGAGGAGCAGAAGAACAGAGCGGCGGUUUUGGAACAACAAGUGUACGACUUGAACAUGAACUUUUUCCGUACUAUUUUCUCGCCGGAUUUUGAGAAAAACAAAGCUGAGUAUCUGAAGACACUUCCUGAUCAACUGAAAGCUGUUUCUAAUUUUAUUGGCUCAAAUCAAUACUCAACCGGAAAUUCCGUGACUUAUGUAGACUUUUGGCUGUAUGAGCUGCUAGUCAAACUGAAGGUGUUUUCACCGGACAUCUUCAAUCAGUUCAAUGUUUUAGUUUCUUUUGUUGACCGACUAGAGAGCAACAAAAACAUUGCUGCCUGGCGAAAGAAGAAGGGGCCGCAAAAGUUUGUUGGUUUUGGACCGUUCCAGGUUGAAUAUUAA